GUACAAUAGAGAUGAGAUAUUAAAAAACACGUAAGACUAGGCUAGCAGUUUAAAAAAUAAGCCUUAAAAACAACAAUGGAAAUAUUAACAAAUUCGCGGAUACUGCAAGUCAUUGAGCUGCUGAGAUAUUAUCCCGAAAAGCGCUACCGAAAUCAGUACAAGAUUGAUGACAGCAAAUAUUGCGACGUGUAUGAUGUAGUACUGACGGAUGGCAAUUUAAAGCGAAAGUUUGUUCUAACAGCUGAUGUUAGAGUUAAAUACAAUAUAAAUCCUGGUAGUCAUGUCAGGAUUAUUAAGUUUGAGAGCAUCAGUGAAAGUCCAGAUGUAAUUGUCAUCCAACAGUUGGAGGUGGUCCAGAACCAGCUGGAGGACAGCAUUGAUCUUGAUAAACUGCAGUGGACCCCAGAUAGUUAUUUGCGGCAAAAGGAAAAUAUCCCGCUGAUUUCCAACAAACUCUACUAUGCUGACCUUUCGACCUAUAGUAUAAACUUUGAAAAACUUCAGGUCUCAGAUGUGAAGCGCUGUAAUCUGGCUGAUGUCAACCUGAGAGAAAUCUCUACCAUCAAGGAUGUCAUGACAAAAAAAGUUUCCCAGUACUCCCAGCCUCAGCUGCUUGUUCAAGUCAUGAGGAGGUCCAAGCUAGUCUCUUUCAUGACCACUGAUGACAAGUGGCCUUUCCAGGUUCCACUAAUGGUGGCUGACAAGUCUGCAUGGUGCCCAGCUGUCCUAUGGAGCAGCUUAGGAUUACAGCUACUGAACCACCUACAGGAAGGUACAGUUUUGUUGCUGAAAAAUUUCCAUAUCAAAAGUAGUAGACAGGUGAAAAUGAAAACAUUUGUAGCUCCGCCCAGGAGUGCCACUUGCUACAACUUUGAACUGAGCCUUGAUGUCAACAACCCAACCUCUCAUGUGCUCAUUGUAAAUAAACUGACAGAAGAUGAAGAAGAUAGAUUGAAUUUUCCACCCUUAGAAAGCUGUUUGAUGACUAGAAAAGACCUUCUGUCUGUGCCAGACCUGUCUAUAGUCGAUGUAGCUGGUUAUAUCACGUUUGUGGGACAAGUAGAAAGGGAAAGAAUGAAAGGUUCAUCUAGUAGCCUUGAAGACAGCGGAGGAUUUUUUUACCGACGAUGGAUCCAUGUAAAAGACUAUUCACUGGACGAGCCAAUGAUAAUUUUAGUCUAUGCAGGGAAUCAGAAAGAAGUAUUUUUCACCCUAAAACCUAGUCAGCAGUUUUUAUUUCGUCACAUGCUCACCAAACAGCAGUUGGAUGAUAUACAGAGUUCCAGAGGGAAGCGCUAUGGAUGGUUGACAACCACUACCAAUUCUUGGCUUUAUUCACUCGAGCCCUCAGAAAUUGAGAAAAUUCCCAAGCCUUUAAAAGAACUUGCAAGGUCCCACAUUUCCAAGUGUUCUUUACCUGAAGACCAGCUCUACCUGGUAGGUGGAAUCUUCAGGUAUCCACCUUUUGCCAGCAGGUUCAGUCAGCUGGGAAGACUGAGAGACACUUUGCUAGAAAUGACCACUGUAAGUCGUCAAUGGAAACCACUGUUUGACAAAAUGGUGUGGCAACAGUGCCAGCAGCUAGUAGUUAAUGCUCUCUUUGUUUCUAUGUCCUAUGAAAAUAUGGCAGAUGACAGGAGAUUUUCUUGCUCCAGAAAACGUAUACAUUCUAAUAGUUUCAACUCUGAAGAUCAACAAGAAAACAGUUUGGGAUCCACAUACCCCCAAUGUAUCUCUCAAAUUUGGCCUGUUGGAAAGGUUAAAGAACCGAUGACUGCACUUGUUGUGAAAUGGGAAGGUAUUAACAGUGUUAUCACCCUAAACACGAUCAAGCCUGUAGCAAUACAAAAUGGCAGCAAGGUAGAGAACUUGUGUGACUUUCUCUCUGGGGUGUAUGACUCUGAUCUUGGCCUGGUCAGAUGUGGCCAGCGCCAGCUAACACAGGAUGAGGUCACCAUUCUGACAGAGACUUCUGUGGCACUAUCAAACUGUCACUUUAUGCUGCUGCUAGAUGUCUAUACUGAUGAAGACAAUCAACAGAUCAUUGUUUUAAACAGAGCCUAUGUAACCUAAACCCUGCUGAGCUUACACACCAGACUGAAAAAAUAUUUUGCCCAUUUCAGCAAACCAUUGCUAAAAAGCCACAAAUGUCUGUAGCCUAAAUGCAAGCCAGCCAGCCAAAAGAAACUUUUUUGUUGAAUGGAAAAAAUGUGUGAUUUAUUUAAAUGUGCACAGAGUAGUACUUAUUUUUUCAAGAUCAAUCUGAAUUUAAGUAAAUAAUCUUCCUGUCAAUCAGCCAUGCAGGCCAUGUGCUUUUGGGAAGAGCCAAUCAGCCCAGACCUGUCACAUAUGAAUCAUGAAGGUCUGAAAACAAACAGCUCAUUUGUCUUGUAGUACCAGCAAAACAACCUCACACUAUGCACCAAGCAAUUUACUUUAGGACAUUGUUACUAUGUUAGAAAUGCUCAGGAGUCUCUUGCAAUAAUUGUUUGUACAGCAAAGUGGGAAAUGCUAACAGAAUAUAUUGUAUAAUUUUAUGAUCAUUUUUUUCAAAUAAAAAAUGUGC